UCUCCUUGUUUUGCUUUCGAUCUGGACUGUUCUCAGGCAAGCCAGGGAGUAACUUUUAGUUUUGCUCCUGCGAUUAUUCAACUGACGGGCUUUCAUUUCCAUUUCACACACCCUAGCAACACUUAAGCCUUGCGGAAUUGUAUUGGUAGCGUGAAAAAAGCACACUGAGAGAAAGACACCAUGCCGGUGGAAAGGAUGCGUAUGCGCCCGUGGCUGGAAGAACAGAUCAACUCAAAUAUGAUACCAGGGCUGAAGUGGCUUAGCAAGGAAAAGAAGAUUUUUCAGAUCCCCUGGAUGCAUGCUGCUAGACAUGGGUGGGACGUGGAAAAGGAUGCACCCCUCUUUAGAAACUGGGCCAUCCAUACAGGAAAGCAUCAACCAGGAAUAGAUAAACCUGACCCAAAAACGUGGAAGGCAAAUUUCCGAUGUGCCAUGAACUCCUUGCCUGAUAUUGAGGAAGUCAAGGACAAAAGCAUAAAGAAAGGGAACAAUGCCUUCAGAGUCUACCGGAUGCUGCCCAUGUCUGAGCGACCUUCUAAGAAAGGAAAGAAACCAAAGACAGAAAAAGAGGACAGAGUGAAGCACAUCAAGCAAGAACCGAUUGAGUCACCUUUGGGGCUUAGUAACGGAGUAAGUGAUCUUCCUCCUGAGUAUGCGGUCCUGACUUCAACUAUAAAAACUGAAGUGGAUAGUACGGUGAACAUCAUAGUCGUAGGACAGUCACAUCUGGAUGGCACCUAUGAGGAUCAAGAGAUUGUUACUAACCCACCGGACAUCUGCCAAGUUGUGGAGGUGACCACCGAGAGCGAUGAGCAGCCAGUCAGCAUGAGUGAGCUCUACCCCCUGCAGAUCUCCCCCGUGUCUUCCUACGCAGAAAGCGAAACUACCGAUAGCGUGCCCAGUGACGAAGAGAGCUCGGAGGGUCGGCCACACUGGCGGAAGAGGAACGUUGAAGGCAAACAGUACCUCAGCAACAUGGGGCCGCGGAGCACGUACCUACUGCCCAGCAUGGCCACCUUCGUCACGUCCAACAAGCCCGACCUCCAGGUCACCAUCAAAGAGGAGAGCUGCCCGGUGCCUUACAACAGCUCCUGGCCCCCGUUCCCAGACCUCCCCCUCGCCCCCCCCAUGAGCCCCACGCCCAGCAGCAGCCGCCCAGACCGGGAGACCCGGGCCAGCGUCAUCAAGAAGACGUCAGACAUCACCCAGGCCCGCGUCAAGAGCUACUAAUAAGCCUGCGACUUCCCUUGGUGGUUGUCGGGAUUUCUUGGCUUUGUGUUUAUCGUUUGUUUGUAUUUUAUUUUUCUCUCUGACACCUGUUUUAGACGAAUCUUAAGGGAAAAAGCCUUGACAAAAUAGAACAUUGAUUGCUGUGUCCAACUCCAGUACUGGAGCUUCUUUUUAACUCAGGACUCCAGCUUCUUGGUAGACGCGUUAUCUCUAGAGCCUGCUGGAUCUCCCAGGGCUGCUCCCUCAAGUUCAAGGACGUCAUAGGACCAACCCCCAUAUGGGCAGUGAGGUGCUGCGUUGCCUGUGGUCAAGGCCAGCAUGGUGGAAUGGAUGCCUCCACACGGAGGAGAAAAUGUGAACUAGCUGGAAUUUUUUAUUCUUGUGAAUAUGUACAUAGGGCAGUACUAGCGACGUUGCAGUCUGCUUCUGCACCUUAUCUUAAAAGCACUUACAGAUAGACCUUCUUGUGAUCCUGCUCUGUUUCACAGCACAGUCAGCACCCCCCUUCCCUAUCCUUCCCUCCUCCCCUCCCAGCCCUGACCCUUCAUCCCUUCCCUUCCCCUCCCUUCUCUUUCCCUUCAUCUCCUCCCCUCCCCUCCCAUUCAUUUUCUUUCCUCCUCUUCCUCCCCUCAAAGGCCAUGUUCCACAUCCCUGAGGAGGAGAAGAAGAAAAUGAACUUCUCCACCAAUGUCCCAUUUUAAAAGACUGCUUUAAAAAAAAACAACAACAAAAAAAAAAGAGAAAAUCUUUCUAAUCUGCUAUGCUUGAAUGCCACGCGGUACAAAGGAAAACUAUCCUGGAAAGAUUAUGCAAAUUCUCAGAUUUGAAGACAAAAAUACUCUAAUUCUAACCAGAGCAAGCUUUUUUAUUUUUUAUACAGGGGAAUAUUUUAUUCAAGGUAAAAUUCUAAAGAAAAUAUAAUUGUUUUUUAUCUUUUCUACAGCAAAUUUAUAAUUUUAAGAUUCCUUUUCUUGUUUAUCGGCAGUUAUUACAUCCU